GUUCUCUCUACAAUACGACAUUCGUGCCCCACAGCACUUCUGUUCGGGUUCUUGACGUCUGGGGUCUUUCUUCGAACUCGUUUUCUUGCUGGGCCAUCCUAAAAAAGACGACGACUGUGUCUACUUGGUAGCGUGUGCAGAUCUGGUCAACCUCGCACGACGAAGAGAAGAACCACAUACGUCACUCCAAUCUCACCAUUGCCCUACGAAUUGAACUUUAUUUAGAGUUAAUGUGUGAUCUUUUCCCCUGAGAUGGCUCAAGGAAAGGAUCAGCAUUACUGGAGACAGCUUCGAGAAACGUUGACAGCAGGGAGAUGGGACAACGCAUUCCCCGGAAAGACACCUGGCGGCGCGCCACUUUCCUGGUCAGAAACCCUGCGCAAGUUCAACAAACAUUGCAGAGGGUACACGCAUAUCGCUGAGCUUGCAUCACAGUUGCAGGCACUCGCCUUGCUGCUCUCCGCCAAUUCGCGGAAUCGGAGCAUGGAUGGCAGUGAGGUUAGUCCACAUGGACCACUGGUGCUCGGGGACGAGUGCAUGCUACCAGAAGAGCGCAUGCAAGAGGCGAUAACGGGCUACAAUGCUCUGAAGCGGCUGGAGUCGUCUAACUCAGAUUCCAUCCGGCUUGCAGUAGCAUACUACGCAUUUGCUCUGCGACGGCCGUCGGAGUGUCUAUCAAUCUUGUCCGACGUCAAGAGUUUCUUAGACGUCACGGAACGUGUAUCUGCUUCCAGGUCUGCUUUGACUCCGGGCGAGCCUCGAUUGAACGGCUCUGUCUCCUCCGCAUGGACGGGUAGCGACUUGUCAUCCCUCUCGUUUGCUUCCACCGCGGACGUCAGUGAUGGAAGUGCCUGGGCGAUUACCGAGAGUAUCCGCAGCAUAUGCCUCCAAGGUAUGUCCCAUGAGGUGAUCACACCCAGCGACCCUCAUGCGGCGUUCAACGUAUACCUGACUGCGCUUCCCCUCGUCGCAAGCGUCAUCAAUGAUAUCCCGCCCUACAUCCCUGCUCAAGCUGCAUCAGCUUCCACUACCGGCGUGGGUGCCAUUGACACAAGUUCCUUCGGGCGCUAUCGCGAGCUCUGGCGAUGGAUGGAGCGAUUGCUCCGGCGUGCUAUCAUCCUGGGCUCCCGUCUGUGCGACGUACGACUGCACGGAAGUCAAAACGCAUCUGUGUGGACGUUGUUUGACCAGUACAACUCCUGCAGUGCACAUUGGCCGCCGACGUUCCGGCCGGAGCAUCGGUCGACCGUCGCUAUUCUUCACCUGCGUGCUUUUAUCCUUCGUAUGCACGCUUCGCCAUCGAAGACACCAAUUCCGGUCGCUCGAGAAGGCGAUGGCCGACCGCACCGAUGGAUAAGUGCGGCACGCUCCGUCAUUCAAGGUUAUCGGGCGAUACUGAGCGUGAGCACACAUUUUCCGCGCGCAGGCGAGCGCAAUGUGAAGGUGGAGGAUCUUGUCGACCUUUCUGUGGCCGUGUGGGAGGCAGACGGCGCAGUGGGGGAAUAUGCCGGAUGGGUGGUCGAUGUGCUAUGGUGGGCAACUCGUCUCACCUUCAACUCGUACAAGGUGUAUCGUCACCUGACGCAUCUCCUAUAUGUCUCUGGCGAUUCUGGGCUGGCAAAGCGGGCCUUGCGCCUUUACGUGCAGGUGGUGGAGAAAGCGAGGGAGACAAAGCUGGCAGAGGCACAAGGCGAAACUGUGUCUGAGGACGAGGAUACGGACACCGACCGCAAUUGGGUGCAAACACUCGUCCAAGGAGCCAGGAUGCUUUGCCGUCUCGCUUUGGUAGACGAGGAUGCGAAGGCGGCGCAUGACCAGGCGAAGGAAGCAGCAAUCAUGAUUGACAAAGCGAAGUCGCGCCUGGAUCAUAACGACAAGGAGCUUGUCGGGAGCGUACAGUUGGCCGAGGGUAUCUGGCAGUCUACCAUGGCCUAUACAGAACAAGACCCGCAAACUCGGAUGAAGCGAUUUUCCCACGGACUCUCGUCUCUGCUGGCGGCCGCAGAGACGUAUCCCACUCCGUCGGUCUAUCAUCACCUCGCACUCGCAUAUUCAGGGCCCGGGCCCUCUCUCGACUUGCAGAAGGCCAUCGCCAACGCGCAACUCGCCGUUGAGGGGGAGCCGGGAGAGGUCCGACAUUGGCAUCUGCUGGGUCUUCUGUUAACUGCGACAGGAGACUGGCGCGCCGCGCAGGGCGUCUUGGAUGUCGGCGCCGGGAUAGGUGAAGCCGAUCUCGCGGACGACAUUUCCGAGAGUCAUCCCAAAGAUGCGACCAACGGCGCCGCUGGCAUCCAUGUACAUGACUAUGCGGCGGGAUCGCAACCGAUCGACCGGGACGGAGCGAGCGGACAUGCUCAUUUGGGGUACUCGAGCAGCGAGUCUGUUAGCACACCCGAAGUCGUGGUGACGCUGCUCGAUCGCGAUGCUACUGACAUUCCGCCGUCCUCUUCGUUACUGCGCCCAAUCCCCGACAGACCAUCUCCCUCGCGCCACGAAGCAUUCGAACACGCUCUACAGUUGCGGAUGACGCAGCUUACGCUGGCGGAGUAUGUCGAGGGCCCCGAAGGAGCCGGGGAUAGGUGGGUGGAAGUGUUUCACUGGUUUUCGGAGCGGCGAGAGGUCGGGUCGGAAGACACCUUUGCAGGAAGGCUGUCCAUUGACAGUAGGCAGGACGUGCGACCGCAGUCUAUCGCACCCUCCGAGAAACUCACUAAAUCCCAUCGUGUCGAAUCACACUCGUCCAGAGCAUAUAUGGCCGUCGAUGAGGUCGCGGAGGACGGUCCUCUCCCGCCGACUCCUAUUCCCAUUACGGUCACACCUGCCACGCCUGCGAUACCGAAUGCGCAAAGCGAACAUACCGGAAGCGUUAACGAGGGUCUUGACGAGAAGCAUCUGUCUUCCUUCCAUGGUCCCCAAAGAGAUAUGACCCGUGGGAAGAAGGUCCGGGAGGUGCUGAAAAGCCGCGUGCACAAGGGACAGGCGGGCAUUACCAAAAUAUCCAGGAGAAUUGGCCACAACGUUGCGCGGCAUGGUAGCACUGACCUCAAGCGGUCGAACUCCGCUCCUGAUCUGCACGCCGUGCUCGGUCAGUCGCCUUACCAAGCAUCAUCGAUACACCUACGUCAACAACUCAGCUUCUAUGUAUCACAGCAGGAUGUAUCUGUCAUCGAUGCCCCUCCACCGCCACCACCACCACCUCCUCCUCUUCCUUCCCAAUCUACAACGUCGGCCAUGCGAAAGCAGAACUAUCGUGCAGCUCGCGACCGGCGAUUGUUGAGCAAUCUCUGGCUGAUGUCUGCAGCUACAUUCCGGAGGCUCGGGAAGAUUGAACAGGCAAAGGCGGCCAUCCAGGAGGCGGAGGUGAAGGAUGAGGACAACCCUAACGUCUGGGUACAGCUGGGUUUGUACUAUAUGGCUUUCAACGAAGAGCUCCGUGCGCUUGAGUCUUUCCAGAAGGCGCUCUUCAUCGCGCCAGACGACGUCUCCGCCAUAGUGCAUCUCUGCCGCCUCUACCUCUCGCCCAACCUGCCCAAACUCCUCGGCACCUCCACUGACAAUCCACAGCGAGAGAACAUCGACCUCGCGGCGGGGCUGCUGUCCGAGCUCACGAAAGGCGCCGGGUGGGACGUCCCUGAGGCUUGGUACUUCCUCGCAAAGCAUUGUGGGCUGCAGGGACGAAAGGACAGGGAGCGCGAGUGUCUCCGCUUUGCGUUGACGCUCUCAGAGACGAGAGCGCUAAGGGAUAUCGGCACGGCUGUUGGGUGGUGUUUAUGAGCGUGCUCUUAGAUGGACCUAUUUUAGUUAAUUAUACCUAAUGCUACGCUAUCUGCAUCUAUACCCUCUCACGUUAAUGUUACUUAGGGUUCAUGUCGUUGCUGGACUUGGAGAAAUGUCUUUGAAUUAACAGGGACUAGCGCACGCAGUGGACGUGCCCUCCAUUCUCUAAUAGCCUGGCAAUACUCAUACUUUGAUGGUCCCUCCCAUUGUGUGCAAAGGUAGCGCUAGCCAGUAUAUCACUGC